AUGCCAUCGCGUCGCCUUCUCUCCAUCGCCGACGUGGAACGGAAGCCGCCGCGAGACGCCUCCUCCCUGGCGCGGCUGCUGCUGGACGUCGUCGGCCGUGAGAUGCGCGACUGCUCCCUCGUCCUCGCAACUGACGGGCGCUUGGAGACGUCCCAGGUCACGAGGCACCUGCUGGCUCUCCCCAAUGCGAGGCAGCACACUUAUAACGCGUCCUCGCAGGUGGUGUACGUGGAGAGCGCCAAGGACUUAAAGAACUUGAAUUGGAUUAAGUCCUCGUGCGGAGGAUACUUUUUCCUCCUGGGCGACCCGACGCCGCUGCUGGCUUUCGGCGAGGAGGACCAGCAUUCCUGGGAUUACGAAGGGAAAUAUGUAAUCGUGGGACUCUCGAUCGAUCAGUUAAAUCAGUUCACCCGAACCAACAAAGGCAAGAAGACUGAGCAUAUAGUGGGGGUUGUUCAGACCGGGCGCGAUGGCGAGUACAGCCUGUGCAUGAAUCAGCUGUACUGGGGCGAGGGCGUGGAAUGCGUCAACACGUGGCUGCAGCAGAGGCGUUCGCUCGAGGCCGCCAUCUUCCCGGAUAAGAUCUCCAAUUUGCGCCAGGCUGCCUUGAACGUCGUGCAGUUCGAGAUCCCGCCCAGCAUCGCCUACCACCGGAGGCCCGACGGCUCGCUCUUCAUCUUCGGCCAGGAGGUGGAGCUCGUCCUGCUGCUGGCGCGCUUCUUCAACUUCUCCAUCAGCUACCAGUGGCCGCCCCCGGGGGAGAUGUGGGGCGAGAAGCUGGCCAACGGCUCGUGGAACGGCCAGGUGGGGAUGCUGGGGCGCGGGGAGAGCGACCUGGCCAUCUCCAACAGGUACAUCACGUCCCAUCUCGGGCGAUUCGAUUUCGAGCACUACAGCGACGCUUACGAUGCUGAUAUUCUCCCGGGUCAGAUUAACCUGGUGUGGCGCCAAUUGUUCAUCCUGGCCACGCCCUCGCCGAAGUACAGCUGGUUCAUGUACAGCUUGUACUCGCCCUCGUGCUCGGACUGGAAGGAAUUUGUGCUUUAUGGACACGACCCCUUAGGAAGACACUCCCUCGUCUACGCGUGCCUGUACAUGGUGGGCGUGCACUUCCGAGAAUCCCAGAGGCUUCUCCCGCGCAACCCGAGCACCCAGGUUCUGGUGUCGUUCAUGUGGGUGUACGCCAUCAUCCUCACCACCGCCUACAGCAGUAAUCUGACCGCCUUCCUCACCGUGACGAGGCAACCGGACAGCAUCGAGACCAUCAAGGAGCUGAGACAUUCCAGCCUCAACGUCCUCGGUGUCGGGCCCUUGAUCGGGAACCUGAUGGCGCAGUCGGUCAACCCGGAUUUGAAGGCCCUGACGGCUCGUUUCGCUUCCAUGCCCGACUUCGACUCCAUCACGGAGCAGGUGAUGUCCCGCAAGGGCGUCAUGGUUCAGAGCCGCGUCUUCCUGGAGUAUAUGAGGGAGCAACUCACCGACUCCAGAGGCCGAACUCUCGUUAGGAUUAUCAAGGAGUGUUCCUUCCCGUUCAGCGUGGGCAUCGGCUACCCGACGCACUCGCCCUUGGUCAAGAAGUUCAACCGCGUGAUCAACUGGGUCGUCGAGAGCGGCCUCUUCCGCCACUGGAAAUUCACGACUCUGAGUAUGAUUAGAAAGUUUAAGAUGGCAAAGGACAAAUCAAGAGCGACCGCCGACCCCGACGCCCCGGCAGACGCGAUCCAGGCGACAGGCGUGAUUCCUCUGGGCAUCGACCACCUUCAGGGCAUCUUCCUGGUCCUCCUCUUCGGCCUCCUGGCUUCCCUCCUCGUCUUCCUGGCGGAGAGGUUCUGCUCGAGGGCGCUAGGAUUUCGCGGUGAUUAG